UUUGUACUGUUCGAAAACAGAACUUGUAAAUUGCAGCAUGACGUUUCUAACAAGUUAUGAAUAACUAGUUUUACUUUUAUUAUCCGGUGUGCGGUGGAACAAAAACCCACACACUCAUUUUAAAACCCCUUUUCAGCGUUUCAUUACAAAGCCUUCUCCUUUUCUCCCUUCCUUCAGGGUUGCCACAACUUGGAAUUGCUCUGUCAUGUCAUGUAGGUAGUUUGUGGGUGCCAGGGGAUAUGAAAUGAUAAGUUUUAACAGUAUGGACGAAGAAUUGGAGGUUGGUGAGGGUGUGCAACAUCAAACCAAAGAUGAUGGAUUUUCACUAAACCCUGAAUUCCCCAAAAUAUUAAAACCCCAAGAAAUAUACACUUCCUAUUCCCACAUCUCACAAGAUAAGAAUGUGGUUGAAGCAAGGGAGCAUCUGCACCCAAGUCUAUUUUCUGAUGGUGCUGGUGCCAUGGUUGAAGAACUAACAGUGAAAAGUUACAAUGGUUCUAGACUACAUAUUGGUACUUUGAACAAUCCAGGGCCUUUGCAUAAUAGCCGGAGUCAAUGGCGGCAUAUUUAUCAACCGGUUGGUGAUUCAGGCAUGGGAAGUGAUUGCAUAAUAGCCAGAAAGAGUGUUGAGGCUACAUCUAGUCAUCUAGUGCUUGGGAGGAUAUUGGGUCCACGUCUUUUCGAGACAUGUUAGAUAGAAAACCAGUCAAUGAUGAACAGGGCCAUGUCAUGCAGCACCUGUCCACUGACGUGCAUACCGCUGAACAUAAAGAGGAUGAAGGUCAUGCUCACGAAGGAAUACAAACAAAAGUUAUACACAAAUCAGGAUUUGCAGAGUAUUCUGGUAGAAGUACAUUGAAGGGAAAGGGUGUUGUAUGUAAAGGUCCAUCUUCUAAUGGCUUAUAUAUUGAGUCUAGAGAUCAGAACCCGAUAAAGUCUGGUAUUGACACUCAGAUGGAUUCUAAUGCAUUGCCGAGCUCAGGUUUAAAGACUGCAAAGUCUCCUCAUAAUGCUACAGGGCCAGGAUCUGGUGGGUCUGACACUGAUGGUGUGACUUUGAGAGAAUGGUUGAAAUCUAGGCACCACAAACGGAGCAAAACAGAUCAUUUAAGUAUAUUUAGAAAAAUUGUGGAUUUGGUUGAUGGUUCUCACUUCGAGGGAGUUGCAAUGCGCAAUCUGUACCCUUCUUAUAUUAAAUUGUUGCCAUCAAACCAGGUUAUGUACCUUGGGUUGCCUGCUCAGAAACAGACAUUAGAUAGUGUUGCAAAUUCUGAAGUUCUUCAGCUAGAUAAUUCUUUUAUUAGAAAAAGGCUGUCAGAGACGGUAAUAUCUCCCUCUCUUAAUUUGCAAUUGAAGAAACAGAAAUUCAAUGAAAAUGCUAGAGUUGCUGGUGAUUGGAGUCAAUGCCCUCCUAGGACUGACUUGUAUCUUCAAAUUGCCAAUGAUAUUAAAGUCAAUGCAGUGGGAUCACAAAAUUAUUACAAUGAAUACAAGGAAGAUAUCCAAUUUUCUAAACAUAAUAUUGGGAGAAUGUCUCGCAUCCCUCACAUAUCUAGUGCAGGUCAAUUGCAAUUGACUUCUUUAAAUGAAGGAUUGGAAGAUAAAUGGUAUGCAAGUCCUGAGGGUGGUUGCACAACAUCAUCAAAUAUCUACUGUCUUGGAGUCCUUCUUUUUGAGUUACUUAAUCAUUUUGACUCAGAAAGAGCACAUAUUGCUGCAAUGUCUAAUCUUCGCCAUAGGAUUCUUCCUUCAGUUUUCCUAUCAGAGUAUCCUAUGGAAGCAGGAUUUUGCCUUUGGAUGAUGCAUCCUGAACCAUCAUCACGUCCAACAUUAAGGGAGAUCCUACAAUCUGAAGUGAUUAAUGGAAUCCAUGAGGUGUACUGUGAGGAAUUAUCAUCAAGUCUCAAUCAAGAUGAUGCAGAAUCAGAAUUGCUAUUGCAUUUCCUCAUCUCACUAAAAGAGCAGAAGCACAUGGAUGCCAACAAAUUGGCAGAAGAAAUCAGAUGCUUAGAAUCAGAUGUGAAAGAGGUGGAGAGGAGACAUGACUUGAGAAAAUCCUUGCUUCCCUCAAGCUUGCAGAAUGACUCCUCUCUUCAAAUAGAGAAUGUAUCUCUUAAAGAAUCCAUAAUUUCUAAUGCAAAUGAACUGAGAUUGAUGAAAAUUAUACCCCGACUUGAAAGUGCUUACUUUUCCAUGAGAUCCAAAAUUAAGCUUCCUGAAACAGAUACUGCAACUCACCCAGAUAAAGAUAUACUGAUAAAUCAUGACAAUUGGUGUGGAGCUCAAAAAGACAUGGAACAACAUAAAGCGACAGAUGCUUUAGGAGCUUUCUUUGACAGUUUGUGCAAGUAUGCACGUUAUAGCAAGUUUGAAGUGCGGGGCAUACUAAGAAAUACUGAUUUUAAUAAUCCUGCAAAUGUAAUAUGCUCUCUGAGUUUUGAUAGGGAUGAAGAUUACUUUGCUGCUGCUGGGAUAUCAAAGAAAAUUAAAAUAUUUGAGUUCAAUGCACUUUUCAAUGAUUCCAUUGACAUCCAUUAUCCUGUAGUUGAGAUGUCAAACAGAUCAAGGCUCAGUUGUGUUUGCUGGAAUAACUACAUCCAGAACUAUCUUGCCUCCACAGACUAUGAUGGUGCUGUUAAGCUAUGGGAUGCUAAUACAGGCCAAGGGUUUUCUCGAUUCACCGAACAUGAAAAGAGGGCUUGGUCUGUUGAUUUCUCUUUGUUAUGCCCUACUAAAUUUGCCAGUGGGAGUGAUGAUUGUUCUGUGAAACUGUGGAAUAUCAAUGAGAAAAACAGUUUAGCCACAAUCAGGAAUGUUGCUAAUGUCUGCUGUGUUCAGUUCUCUACUCAUUCCUCUCAUUUGCUGGCCUUUGGAUCUGCUGAUUACUCAGCAUAUUGCUAUGAUCUUCGCAAUCUUAGAAACCCUUGGUGUGUGUUGGCUGGCCAUCGUAAAGCUGUAAGCUAUGUCAAAUUCUUGGACUCUGAAACACUUGUUUCUGCAUCAACCGAUAACAUGUUGAAGAUCUGGGAUCUCAAUAAAACCUCUCCUGUGGGUCCAUCAACUAGUGCUUGCAGCUUAACCCUGUCUGGACAUACUAAUGAGAAGAAUUUUGUGGGUUUAUCAGUUGCCGAUGGAUAUAUAGCAUGUGGUUCAGAAACAAAUGAGGUUUAUGUCUACCAUAAAUCUCUUCCCAUGCCAGUCACUUCGCACAGGUUUGGGUCCAUUGAUCCUAUUUCUGGUGAAGAGACAGAUGAUGACAAUGGUUUGUUUGUUUCAAGUGUGUGCUGGAGAGGAAAAUCAGACAUGGUUGUUGCAGCCAAUUCAAGUGGAUGUAUAAAAGUUCUACAGAUGGUUUGAGAGAAAGCUUGCCCUUACAGUUUGUACAGUCCUCUAGUUUUAGUGUUUUACUCGUGUCACUCAAGUUAAUCCCAUCAAUUUUCUCCGAGUGUAUCCAAAAAUUCUGUUGACGUCAUAAUUUGAUGUAGAAGGGAUUAUUUCAGGCAUAAUUAGAAGUAGAAGCAGUCUCAAUCUUAAUCCAGAUCUUCUAAUUUGAAGGUGGGAUUAAACAUAAGGAAUCUUAAUCUAGAUAUUCUAAUUUGAAGGUGGCUUUAAACCAGAAUUUCAAUCUGGCAUUUGUAGAAAAGGCCUGUUAUGCAUAAAGUCUCGAGGAUCAAUUUGAAAACAGGAAGCAGAUUCAGUGUAAACGAUUAACACCUAAGAAUGGACAUGGCAGGAAUUUCUACUAACUUUUUUAGUUUCAAUAUUAUAGUCAAUAUCUCUGAAUGUAGUGUAAGUGUAUCUUUGAGCUAGCAAUUGUGCACUUGUAAUGAGAUGUUUGUAGCUUAAAGCAUAAAGCAACUCCAGUAACGCUAACACCUUCAAAGGAAAUCAUCUUUGGGUUUUUCCCCGAUA